UCAGUGGUGUGAUGACUCCUUUUGAAACCUUAAUGUCAUAAAGACCAAGGACGUGUACUGAUUUUAGAAGGAACUCAAAUACAACACUUCUAUAAAGUGUCACUUACAGGAAGAUGUGUGUGGGAAGCCUCCUCUCAACACCCGCAUCACCCGUAUCGUUGGGGGACAGGUGGCCACUGAGGGCUUCUGGCCGUGGAUGGCCAGUCUGCACAAACUCAACUCUCACUUCUGUGGAGGGUCACUCAUUAACAGAGAGUGGGUGCUUUCUGCUGCUCACUGCUUUGAAAGCACCCUUGCCAGUGAUGUGACCGUGUAUCUUGGUCGGCAGAGCCAAAAGGGAGACAACCCCAACGAAGUUUCUCUAACAGUCACGCAGAUCAACAGUCAUCCUGACUACAACAGAAUUACUUUUGACAAUGACAUUGCCCUCCUGAAGCUGUUUUCACCUGUGAAUUUUACUGACUACAUCCAGCCCGUGUGCCUGGCAGCCUCGGAUAGCACCUUCUUCACCGGAACUGACACCUGGGUCACUGGCUGGGGCGUUACCACUGAAGGAGGGUCCCUUCCUUUUCCAGGAAACCUAAUGGAAGUGGAGGUGCCAGUUGUAGGAAACAGACAGUGCAACUGUUACUACGACGUGGGUGACAUCACAGACAACAUGAUCUGUGCUGGAUUAAAAGACGGAGGCAAGGACUCCUGCCAGGGAGAUUCAGGAGGUCCAAUGGUGAGCAAGCAGAACGAGAGCUGGACCCAGGGGGGGAUUGUGAGCUUUGGACUAGGAUGUGCAAGGCCUAAUUUACCAGGAGUCUACACCCGUGUGUCCCAGUACCAGGCAUGGAUCAAUGGUGAAAUCACCAACAACCAACCAGGCUACAUCACCUUCACAUCCACUGGGACGGACAGUGACCUAAGCGUCAGCUGUGAUGGCCUGCCUCCACUAACAACCAGUGCCCCUCAGAUUACUACACCCAAACCUGUGGUCUGCGGUCAGGCCCCAAUGAAGUCACGAAUUGGGGAUGGUAGCUCAGUUGCAGCCGCUGGCGAGUGGCCAUGGAUGGCGAGCCUGCAUAAGAAUGGGAAGCAUGUGUGUGGUGGGACUCUGGUGGCUGAAGAUUAUGUGUUGAGCAAUGCCAACUGCUUCUCAAGUUCCCCCACACCAUCUGAAUGGACCGUCAUUUUAGGUCGUUUGAAACAGAACGGAUCAAACCCAUUUGAGGUAAUACUGAAUGUGACAAACAUCACUCUGAGCAACUUGACUGGGUCAAAUGUGGCAGUGCUGCAGCUGUCACCAAGACCCACCCUGUCGAACUACAUCCAGCCCAUCUGCCUAGACGAUGGACGGACCUUCGCUGAGGGCUCAACCUGCUGGGUUGCUGGGUGGAGCUCUGGGACAGGGGGCGAGGAACAAGUUCUGCAGGAAUUCCAGACCUCAAUCAAAAAUUGUGGAGACAGUUCGUCAAGUGAUGUGAUUUGUACAGGAGUGUUCUCAUUGGGAGAGGGGGAUUCUGGUGGUCCUCUGAUGUGUGAGUUGGAUGGAUCUUGGUACCAGGCAUCUGUGUUAUUGUAUGAAGACGACUCCAAGAGUACAGCACGAGAAGAUUCAAUAAUGGUCUUAUCCAAACUGAGCCGCCAUCAGGACUUCUUGACUAACUCUGUAGGGACAUUCUUGAUGCCAGCCUCCAUCGCCAACACCACCAGCAGUACUGACAGCCCAGACAGCACUGAUAGCACUGACAGCACCGCCAGCACUGCCAGCACCACCAGCACUGAUAGCACCCACAGCACAGACAGCACAGACAGCACUGAUAGCACUGACAGCACUGACAGCACCCACAGCACUGACAGCACUCACAGCACCCACAGCACUGACAGCACCCACAGCACUGACAGCACUGAUGACAGCACCACUCCGCCAGCCUCAUCCGACCCUGUGGUCUGCGGUCAAGCCUCACUGAAUUCACGUAUAGUAGGGGGAAGCUCAGUUGCAACAGCAGGCGAGUGGCCGUGGAUGGCGAGCUUGCAGAAGAAUGGGAAGCACGUGUGUGGUGGGACUCUGGUGGCUGAAGAUUAUGUGUUGAGCAAUGCCAACUGCUUCUCAAGUUCCCCCACACCAUCUGAAUGGACCGUCAUUUUAGGUCGUUUGAAACAGAACGGAUCAAACCCGUUUGAGGUAAUACUGAAUGUGACAAACAUCACUCUGAGCAACUUGACUGGGUCAAAUGUGGCAGUGCUGCAGCUGUCAUCUAAACCCACCCUGUCGAACUACAUCCAGCCCAUCUGCCUAGACGAUGGACGGACCUUCGCUGAGGGCUCAACCUGCUGGGUUGCUGGGUGGAGCCCUGGGCGAGGAGGAGGGGAACAAGUUCUGCAGGAGUUCCAGACCUCAGUUGUAGAUUGUGGAAACAGUUCAUCAAGUAAUGUGAUUUGUACUGGAGUGUUCACACUGGAAACGGGGGAUUCUGGUGGUCCUCUCAUGUGCAAGUUGGAUGAGUCUUGGUUCCAGUCGGCUGUGUUAUCCUUUGAAGACAACUCCAGGAGACAAGCGCGAGAAGAUUCAAUGAUGGUCUUUACCAAAUCUAGCUUCUUUCGGGACUUCCUGUCCAGCAUCAUAGGGACUUUCUUAUCUCCAGCUGCCUCCUCCUCCACCCCUGCCAGCCCCACUCCAACCGCCACCAACCCCACAGCUACAGACAGCGUUACCACCAGCAGCAGCAGCGGCCCUGCUCACUCCUCUUUCUUCAUCCUUUUCCAUCUUCUCGUCUUAUCGUUGUGUCUCCAACUCUUUAUAUAGAAACCUCUUCCUUUAGAUAGUGAUUUGCAUGAUGUGACUGGCACAAAUGAAUGUAAAAAAACUUUAAUACGACAGCAUUUGUUGGCAUUUAAGUAAUUUAUUAGUAUAUUGUGUGAAUCCACUCUAUGUAUAUGUAUGUGAUUGGUACACAGCUCAAGUUUACGUCAAGGUAUGCAAAAGUGGCAAACUGAGGAAGGUAGAAAUGUGCUGUAUAGUGUUAUUUGAUUAUCCAGAAAAUCCAUUGACUGCACCGAGGGAGAUUUAAUUAUUUAAACAUAAUUUUAAAAUCAAAACUUACCAUUGACAGUAUAUCUGAAAUAGACACUAUUCAAGCCUUUUGAAUAGCCUUUUUCAGUGCAGUUUAAGAGUGGCAAUAUUUGGAAAAAUGGCUUGAAUCUGAGAGAUAGCUUUACUGUUUAUACUUAAAUUGUAUAGUCCCACACAAUCUGGCUUGGAAGUGAUCCCUUGUCAGCUGAAAAAAAGGUUUAUAGUGAUCUAAUCUAAGGGCAAACAAGUCAUUAUAAGGACAAAUCACGACCCAAAUCCCAAGAAAACAGCUUAUUAAUUGCAAUAAAAAGAGGCAAAUGAUUUUAAAUAUUGUUAAAACAUUUAAAUGUACCCAAUUUCACAGUAAAACUUGAUAAAUAAAAGGUAUUGAUGCAUGCCCACUAAGUACGUAAGUACUUCAUAGACUUUCUGCUACCAUUUUUCUUUUUUUUUUCUUUUUUUUUUUUUACACGACCCACUGAAAACUCCUCCGCAACCCACUUUUGGGUCCCAACCCACCUGUUGAAAACCACUGCAGUAGAUGACAUUAACUUUAAGAACAAUGAUCCAGGCUGCUUUAACUUUCUAUAGCAUCAAAAACACAAUUCUGUUUGUUUGUCUUUGAUGUGACACAAAUGUAUGGUCAUUAAUUUUGUCUAAAGAGAAACUAUGGAUGCCGGCUGCUUUAAGUCUGAUGUGUCAGGUGUAAAAUGAAGAAUUCCUGAAGCUGCACGGAAAAAAAUGUUUGUAUUAUGUAGCCUAUCACUUGACUUUUGCUGUUAUUGAAGCCACAUAUAUCAUAAGAAUAUAACAUGAUAUUUUUAUAUUUUUUUACUGAUUGAAUUUUUUUUUUCCAUACAAAGAAGAAAAUGAGAGCAGUUUUAUUCAACAAUAAUGUGAAAAACACAUUUUGAAGUGCUAAAAACACGUCUACCUGGUUCUGUCUGCAAGCUGCUGUACCAUGAUACUGUUUUGACUCAGUACUGAUGAUGACACAAGGGCGUAAAGCUGCUCAUUACAUAAGUUAUAAUA